AUGAGGCCGAGUCGCUUGCGGUCCCUGAACUCUCCGCUUGCGCGCCUUUUGCGAGCUGGCAGACGCUCUUUCAGCCAAGGUGACCCCAAACAGCAAGGUUUGGACGUGAACGUCGUGCAGAUCUCGUCAUCUAGUAGAUUGCCACGUAUAUCAGCGGCUUUGGCAGCUACUUGUGCUGGUGUUGGCUUGCUGGUCGUGCAGAAACAAAAAUGGGAUCAGGAAUCUCAAUUGAAAAUCGAUGCUCACGAAGCUGAACUUCGCAGAGUCAGAAUGGAAGCAGAAGCUGCAGCUGCGGCAGAAGCUGCCAAAGCGGCAGAGGCAGAAGCGAUAGCCCAAGCGAACGCUGCUCGGGAAGAUGCGGAGCGUGCCGAAAAAGCUGCAAAAGCAGCGAAGGAAGCCCAAGAUGCGGAGGACAAAGCACGCCGGAUGUUGGAACAGAAGCGAGCAGAACUUGCGGCUGUGGCGGAGCAAUGCUCCCAACUGUUGGCAGAUUUGAAGCUGGUGGUUGAGGGCUCUGAGUAUGCCGAGGCGCGUCUAGACACUCAGGACCUUUCAGAUUUUCUACAGCAAGCGCAGGUCUUUGUUGAUGGGGAGGCUUUCAAGUCUCUUCGAGAGUCUCCCUUGGACGGAAUGGCUGAGCUUACAGCUCAGUGCGCUCAUGAUCUGUCGGCUGCAAAGGAUCAAUUGGCGAAAUUAUCCAAAGCAGAUGCUGCAGAGAAGCAGUACGAAGCAGCAGCAGCAGAAAUGCGCGCUGAACGACAGAGUUGGUUAUUGAGUGGAGAUGUCGAUGCAUCGACUUUGGCCAGCGCUCUUUCAAGAGCUCAGGAUGCUUUGUCCGAGCUGAGAACGUGUGGACUGGAGGGUUUCGACAUAGACGACGGCCAAGUUGUGGCCGCCAGGUCAGUACUUUCACAGUUUGAAUGCGCACAGCAAAAGCAGCAAAGUUGGGAGCAGCACCGGCAAGCUUUGCACAGUGCAGUUACAGGCGAUGAUGCUCUAGCCUGUGAGCAUGCUUUGCAAGAGGCCCGUGCAGCCACCUGCCCGCCAUCAGCCGCUAUGGCAAUUGCCGAGGAAAUGCAAAGCCUUCCAAAGCCGAAACGUUUGCCGGAGAUGACAGCUGGUCCAGUCCAGAAUGUGGUCGAUGAUUGCAUGGCAUCCGCAACUGCAACGAACUCCUUCCUCAGCAGGUCUGAGCUUUUAGACCAGGCAUCCUCUUUGGCUCAUUCGCUUGCCAUUCAGUAUAUGCUGGACAAGCAAGAGUUGGCAUACUCGUGGCAGUCUCUGUUGCCAGAGUGGGAGCGUCAAACUACCGAGAAAAUGGCGAGACUUUCAAAUGAUUUUGCAGGCCAAAAGACGCACCAGAAGCUCAAAGACAUCCAAGACUUCCAAGAAACAGCCUCAGAACGUCGUGCAGAGGCCAUUAGAGACGCCAUGAGUGAGGUGCAGGAUCAGACUGAUAAGGACAUCUACAGCUUGCAAUCCGAGCGGAUGCAAGAGCUUUGGGCAGAACUAUCCCAGAUACGCCACGAGCUGGAUGACCAAGUCCAAGGUUUAGGACGGACACCUGAGCACUUGCAGAAGUUGUGGAGCUCUGACAGAAGUCCGGACACACAGGCCGAGUCUGUGAGCUGCUCAGCCGUGAACCUUCUGGCUUUGAGAGAAGGUUGCAGGGAACAGCUGCGAAAGUCCAACGACAGCUUUGCGAACAAAGUCAUAUCUCAUGUUACAGAGGAGCUCCACGCACUUGGCAAGGAUGCAGCCAGCAUCCCUACAGAACAGGAGCUGCAGCGGCACUUCCACGAACAAUUGCCGCAGCUUGUCGCAGCGGCCUUUGAACCCCGAACAGGGCUUGCCAGUGAGAUUGUCGGCCGAAUAUUCGGAAUGAUGUACAUGCUGAAAGGCGAGCAAGAUGAGGCAUCAAUGCACGCGGCGCUUGAGUCCAGACUCGGGACCAUCCCAAGCGUGGCAUCUGUAGAGGAUGAUGGCAUACAGAAGCACAGCCAAAAGCACAAUCUGCGCACCCUGGCAUUGGCCACAGAAUUGGUGGACAAUGGUAGACUAGCGGAAGCUGUGGACACCUUGGAUGGUUCGCUAAGUGGCCUUUGCCGCUCUCGGGCAGACUAUUGGAUGUCUCUAGCGCGCAUGAGCUUGCUUCUGCAUCAAGCCUCUGAAGCUUUGCUUGCUCGCUCCAUGUGCCUGAACGCUGGCCUCUCUGACUAA